UUCUGGGCGUCAGACGCUCCAUAGCCAUCUUGGUCGAGCCCGGAGGCCUGCCACCAUGGUGCAGGCCCCCUUAUGCGGCGGCUUGGCACCGGCGCUGGCCACCGCCUGUCUUUCUCUGACAGCGGCGGCAGCGCUGGUUGUUUCGUUGUGGUGGUGCUGCCGCCGUCGCCGGCGGCACCGCGCAGUUGCCGCCGCGGCGCGCAAGUUGGUCGUUCAGGUGCCGCCGCCAGCGAGCAGCGCCCAGGUGCCGUCGCCAACGAGGGGCGCCCCAGCGCCGCUGCGGGAGCGGCUGACCGCGGUGCUGACGACCUCGCCGGUGGGGCGGCACCCGUCAACCGACCUGCUGGACGAGGUGUUGGGCAGCCUGCAGCUGGCGGAGGGCGUGACCGGGUGCGACAUGAUCAUCGUCUGCGACGGGUACCGCUCUACUGCCGCCGAUGGCUCCGAGCACGCCGCGCCGAGGUACCGGUCGGGGAUCGUGGACGCGGCCUCGGCGGCGAACUACGAGGCGUACAAGGCCUGCCUGCGCGGGCGGGAGCGCCCCGCCGAGGGCGCCGUGGGGGGGCUGAGGGUCCUGGAGCUGGACUCGCGCCACGGCUUCGGGUUCGCCGUCAAGGCGGCCCUGGAGCUCGUGCGCACUCCCUACGUCAUCGUGCUUCAACACGACAGGCCCUUCAUCCGACGGGCCGACAUCCCGAGGGUCGUGGCCGCGAUGGAGGCCGACCCCCAGAGGCUGAAGUACAUGGGUAUGCCCACGGGCACCACGCUCGGCCACGCGUACCACGUGCUCUCCAAGUACAGGCUGACGGUCGAGCCCCUCUGCGUGGACAGCGGCGGGCUGCAGGCCGUGCCUCUGGUGCAGUGGUAUGACUCCGCACACAUCUGCGAGGUGGAGCACUAUCUCGUUCGUCUUCGGGUGGCGCAACGGUCAGCGGCUCGUGGCGCGCGGCGGCUUCAUCGAGGACAAGCUGGGGCAGGCUCAGCUCGCGGAGAUCCGCGAGCGGGGCGUCGCGGCCGCGCACCCGGCAUACGGCACGUUCAUCGUCGCAGGGCCGGGCUUCGAGGAGAGCCCUGCGUGGGCCACCUGGACGGCCGCGACGCGCGGAACGGGCAGAAGUUCCGCUUCGCGCGGCCGGCGGUGCCCACGCUGCAGCUGCCCGCGCCCCCGUGCUGGGGGGAGGGGGCGGGGCCGCCGCCCGACGCUGCCGCGGGGGCGGGGGCGCGGCAUCACCGGGGCCUCCCGCGGGGGAGGCCCCCCCGGGGCUCCGCGUAGGCUCGGCUGCCCCUCGGGGGGCUCCCAAAGUCGGUGCGGUGACCACGCCGCGUGGGGAGCCAACGGCGCUCCGGGGUCGCUGUGCACGGCCUCGGGCCUAAGGGGCGUCGCUCUCCGAGGACGCUUCUCGGGCGAGCGGGCCCUCCGUCAGACGGCCAGAGGCCGUGCAGCGCCGUGCCGCGCGGUGAGGUCGUGGGGGGGACUCCGAGGCCACCGCGCGCUUCGUCACCACGCCGCUUCGGGGGACCCCGAGCGCCACCUAGCUGGGCGGCCCCCCGGCCCGGGCGGCUCGCCGGCCUCCGAGGCGCCCUCGCGCGCUCGUCUAUCGGCCGCCGCCGCCGCCAGGGCGGACUUCGCGCCAGCCUGGCCCGUGGGCCCG